AUGGCGAACAUUGAUGACGCGUUGCUGGCUUUAACUCUAGAGGAGGAGGAAGACGUUCCUUUCAUCCUGCCAAACCACCCGAAAUACUGUUCGAGUGAGAAGAAUGUCAUGAGUAUUAUGGGACGAACUCUGAACCCAGCGUGUCAAAAUAUGGCUGAUCUUAUUCUAGAUAUUCCAAGGAAGUGGCAAGUGUAUGAUAGGGUGCGAGGUGUGGCUCUGUCUUCUGACAGAUUCCAAUUCAUUUUCAAAUAUGAACACGAUCUCGAAGAGGUUCUACGGAAGCAUGUCUGGACCUUUAAUGAAUGGUCUGUUGUGAUUGAUCGUUGGGUGGAAAAGCCCCCGGAGAAUUACCUGAAGUUUAUACCUGUGUGGAUUCAGAUCAGAAACAUUCCUGUGAACUACUAUACGGAAGCUUCUAUCUAUGAUCUGGCUGAUAUCAUUGGGGAGGUAAAGGAGAUUGCCUUUGAUUCGGAGAAACCACAUAGCAGAGAUUACGUGCGGGUGAAGGUAAACUUUGAUGUCUCACGACCGGUUCGUAGAUCGAAGGCGGUGGUCCUACCUACUGGGGAAACUACCACCAUAUGGUAUGACUUUGAGCGAAUUCAGAAGAGAUGCUAUCAUUGUCAACGGUUAACACAUGAAAAAGAUAAAUGCCCAAUUCUGGUAAACAUGAGAAAAGGAAAAGCAGAGCUCCGAAGGGCAAAUAUCCUAGCAGGCAAACAGAAGAGGGAAUUGGUUUUAAAAGAAAUGGACCCGCUGUUUGGGGUGUUAACCGAGGAGCAGGUUGGAAUAGACCCUGAUUCGGGUAGAGCUAAGAUUAAUGAGGAGGUGCUGCAGGAGAUGAGGACCUAUUUACUGGCUGGGGAUGGGAGUGACAGGAAGGUUAGAGAGGAAAGAGUAAAGCGAUCGAUAAUGGAACUGGCGAAUAACAAGCGUGAACAGAACUCGGUUCUCCGAUUGGAAGCUGGUCUAGUUAUCACUUCCUCUCUGGAUAAAGGAAAAGGCCCUGUUUACGACCAAGAGACCACGAGCAAGAAGACUGCGAACAGCAACACUGGUAUCUUGGGGGACAAAAUGAUGUCAUCAGCUAUUAAUGCUGGUUUGGCGAUGAGACGUGUGGCUGGAGUCCAUGUUACUGCAUCGGAAAGACUGGUGGAGCCGAUGGGAUCUGAGAACUCUGUUUUUAAGUCAUGUUCUAAUGGUUUUGAGGUUGGAUCAUCGGAGGGGUCCUCCUCUGGGCAGAGAGUGAGGCGGUAUCAGCCUCGGAGGAAGAAUGCGACUGAUAAAAAGACUGUCACGAGAAAACCGAGAAUCACCAAAGGUGGAUCGAAUGAGGUAAAAAACCCUGAGGCCAUUGGGGUAUCUCCGCAGAAGAGGAAAGCUGAAGGCGUGAAGGAGGUGAGUGGGGAUGUGAGGUCAAAAAUCGCUAAGCGUUGUGGUCCCGAAUGA